AUGGCCGCCCGUCAAGAUCGCCCGGCGCCAUCUCUCCCUUCCCCCCCUGCUCCGUCUGCCCCAGCUCACCACGGUCGCGGCUUCAGUUUUGGCGGAAAAUCAGACAAAUCGCAUCGUUCCGACGCUUCCGGAAACAAGCACUCUUACCAGGAGUCGCACGAGGAGAAAGUUAGGCGGUCGCUGCAAACCAAGGCCGAUCCCACCCUCGCCAUGAGCGAGGCCCAGCCAGCCGUCGUGGCUUUGGAGAAGUCGAAUCUCGCGUCGCUGCGAGAAACCCAAUACAAGGACCAGUUUGGAAAUGUUAUCACUGAUCCCGAUCGAUCGAAUCCAACGCGCCCACGGUUCGAAAGACCACUCGACACAAUCCGGUCAUUUGAGGCUGCCAUUGACGGCAGUUAUAGCAACCGUCGCAUGUCAUACGUUACAGAUGCGCCCACCAACAGCCGACCAGGCAGUUACUAUGGCGGCCACGGAGGUUAUGGUUCCAACAACUACAGCGACGCAUAUAACGGACGAGGGCCGAAUUCACGACCAGAAAGCUAUGUCGAUUAUGGCGGAUCAAAUGGAUACAAUAAUGGGCAUAACGGAUACAACAACGGACACAGCGGACAUUAUCCGUACAAUCAACACGGCCAACGAUCCGGUCGCCCACGGUACAGCCAGCACGUGAACCCGGACUAUGGCAAUGGAACUUUCUAUCCAAACUCGACGUAUCAGCGGUCCAACGACAAUGUCACGGCGGGCUCGGGCUCAGCAAACACAGAUCAAUGGGGCAAUUCGACAGACCCAAGCUCUGUCAACAGCUCGUUUGAUCGGCUGCAGCAACAACAAGCACACCAAAAGCAGGAAUAUCAACGACCGGGGGAGACGUACGGGUUUAAUGGAUUUGGGGGUAGCCCGCAAAUCGAGAGCUCGAUCCAGUUAAACCAGGCGCCGCCACCACCGGUGCAUAGACAGUCGAACCUGAACGGGUACAGCAACCAGGGGCUUCCGCCGGCGCCACCGUCCAAGGAUGUGAAUGCGUCGACCAAGCGGCCGUCGCUGCGCAAGCCAGUCAACAGCGCGUCGCCAGCAGCCGCAUCGUCCAGCAAGCGGACGAGUUGGUUCAAACGGAGGUUUAGCAAGAAUGACUGA